AUGCAGUUCAGAGAUCUUGCUAUUCUCGCUCUAGCGAGCCUCGUCGCUACUCAGGACAGCGACACCGACACUCAGUCGCUCAAUGCCACGCUCUCUGGCAACGACCAGCUGUCUAACCUGACUUCGUUUCUUUCCCUCAACCCCGCUAUUGUAUCGACUCUCUCUCAAGCCAGCAACAUCACCAUCCUCGCUCCCUCCAACGAUGCCUUCUCCGAGUUCGCUGAAACGGACGUUGGCCGGGAUAUUGCGAGCAACCCUGGCCUCCUAGCUGCACUGCUCCAGUACCAUGUCCUCAACGGGACGUUCCAGGCCAGCCAGAUUACGAAUCAGAGCACUUUCGUUCCGACUUUCUUGAACAACGACACGUAUGCGAACGUUACUGGCGGCCAGGUCGUCGAAGCCGUUAAAGUCGGAAAUGAGACCGUAUUCUACUCUGGGCUUCUGCAGAAUGCCACAGUGACCACGGCUUACGCAAUGUCGGGGUACAAAGCGGGUGUUCAUGCUGGGCGACUGUCUAAGACUCCAGGCCUUACACCUCUCAGUCUGAAAUCUCUAGACAUUAGUAAAUGGCUAGAACACCUACUUCACCAACCCACUUCCCUAGGUUAUGAACAUUAUGCUGACUCUGUACCCCCACCUUUAGUCAUCGACCGCGUCCUCGUGUUCCCUCCCAACGUCCUCGAUACCGCCAACGCUUUGAAUCUGACCUCCCUCCGCGGCGCCGUCAACGCAACCGACUCCAUCGAGGCCGCCAACGCUCGCAACAUCACUAUCUUCGCGCCCAACAACGAGGCCUUCAACAACAUCGGCUCAGCGCUAGCUAACCUCUCCAAUGAUGACCUGCAAAACAUCCUCGAGUACCACAUCGUCGAGGAUGUGUACUACAGCACUUCUUUAGAGAACGGCACGACGCUGCAGACGGAGGACGAUGAUCGGGAGUUGACGAUCACAACCAACGAGAACGGCACUGUUUUCGUGAACGCCGCGGAGGUCGUCGUCCCUAAUGUGCUCAUCGCGAAUGGUGUCUUGCACAUCAUCGACAAUGUCCUCAAUCCCGACAAUACAGCCGUUCCCUCUGAGAGCGCUACAGCAGGCGCCCCCGGCUUCACAGGUAGCGCCGUCAGCGAGCAGCCCUUCACCAGUGGUCAGCCUACGCCUACUACCCAGGUCAACCCCACUUCGGAGGGUGCUGGCCCGGCGCAGAGCACUGCUGCUGGAAGUGGUAGCGAAACCAGUGGUGCGGCGAUGCCGUUGAUGACUAGUGGUGUGCAGUAUGCCGCGCUGUUUGGUGCUGGUGCGGCUGCUUAUCUUGGAUUCUAA